UACUUCUUUGUAAUAUAAAUUGUUUCGAAUGAACUUUUUGAAUAGAAAAUAACCGACUCUUUGUUCUGUAUCGAUUCAGUGCUUAAGUGCCCGUGGAUGUUUUAGAGGAUGCUUUUGUUCGUGUUAAUGUUUGGACAACCUGCUGGAUUCCUAAUAUACUUAUGCAUGUUUAUUCACAAGAUUUUUUUAUUUGCGACAAAUAAUUGGAGCCAGAGCCACGGAUAUGCUGCGUUUAGCUCAGCUAAUCAUAUGUAUUUACGUGGUCAUUGUAGUCAUUGAUGCGUUCAGCGGACUGCCCCAGUUUGACAGCGGCUGGUUGCCGCUAGAGGCGCAGUCAAAGAACUGCACCCUGCAGGUACCGCAUGGACUGGGCCAGGUACCGCGCCUCGUAGAAGUCCAGGUGAAGUCUAUCGAGGAACCCAAUCUAGGAUUUAUAUUCAAGGCAAUAGGAAACGGAGAAAGGGAUGAUGACCUCAAUGAACUCUAUGGUGGUGCCAUAUACAUAUACAACGCCAUCGACGUGGUAGUGUUCUUACCAAAUAAAUACAACCAUUAUGCAGUGGGAGCAGGAAUUAACACAGGACAGUCGCCAUAUUGGAUUGGACCUAACAUUCAGACGUCCAGACAGGUAAACGUACGGGUGCGCUGCUGGCUGGAAACAGCGCUUCCGGUCCCUUGUUACGUGACUUCGAGUACAGUUUUCAUGAAGGCCGGAUCCAAAAAUCCCAACGAGACGUUCUUAGAGCUUCACCACCAGAUAUCAAAGUGCCCCGACAUCGUGAAGGUUCGUGCGCGUCUUACCGACGGACUAGAUGCCGGGUACUAUACCGAUGCCCAAGGGACAACCUUGUACAACAAAGGCAAUGAAACAAGUGGUCUGAAGUUCGGCUUCAAUGACGUAACAGUUCGAGUAUGGGCGCCAUAUCGGGGAAAUGUGCUGUUCACGCGAUAUGAUGGCUGGGGAUUAAAUCCCUUGCCUGCAUCAGCGAGUUCUGCAUACCUUGACGCCAUAGCUUGGUGUGACGUCACGGAUUCAUACGUGUUCAGCCAGACAAUUGCGUUAAACAACAAUUCUUCUGGUUCUGCGGUUGAGAUAAACGUACCGGAAACACGCGUGGAGUUGGAGAAUUUGUUAAUAUAUGCGUUGAUAAAAGUUACCACAGGGCCGAAUGAAGGAUUCUUGUUUGAAACGGUGGGCAGUGCGAUGACAAACUCCCUCAUUCCAAGAUCCACGUGUUCUUAUGGAGGGGUCGUGACUGCGUUUAACGGCUCAACGCUGAGGGUGUGGCACCCAACUUAUCUCGGGGCGUUUGUCUGCAUCGCGGACUCGAUGGGCAACGGAAAUUACAGCCAAGGAGCUAAGGAAGGGGACAUGAUAUUUAGGAUUAUGUCCACUCUGAUUCAAGAUUAGGACAGAAAAACGCAGCCAACCUUUGUAAGCAGCCACUACGAACGGUUCGAUGACACAGCGUACAAUUCUACAGCAGUAUUAACCAAGUUUGCUGCGUCAUUAUUGUCAUGCGUCAGUUCCUGUCGACAGAAAAAUGCAUGCGCGCUCGUGACCUUCAGUUCGAUUCAAGUGUGCAAGAUGUUCAAGGUGAAGGAUUAUGCGCACAAGUACCACGAGGUCGGAACAUCACUAUGCUCAUUAACGACACGGAUGUUCCAAUGAUGCUCUUAUAUUACAAACAUUAGGUUAAUGUUUUUCAGCAAUUCCCGUUUUUAAUAAUUUAUAUAUAAUUUUGGUUUGGAGGAGCAAUCAUGGACAGGGAUGUUGAAGCAAACGAAUUUAAUGCUUUCAAAUGUCAAUUAACCAAAACGUGAAAAGGUCCCUUUCACAUCAUACCAAUGUUUUGUAAAUGCACAAUGAUUUGUUUGCCAUGUAUUUACGAGUGUCCAAAUAAUGAACAGUAGUUCACGGCAAAAUAAGACCUUGUUUCAGGGUGAAACGUUUAUUGUGGUAUUCAUUGUUUUUACAAUAAUUUAUUUUUAAGACACCCAGCGUUGAAACUACUAGUGGUGCCAUUUUUGCCUCACACAGGGGCGUUGGAAGCAAAUUACA